CUAAGUAUACACCUUUUGAGAGUUAGGGUGUGUGAGCGAGCGCAGAAAGUUUGUUUCCCAUUUCGGAAGAUGGCCAUGGAUAAUAGCAUCGAUACUCCGUCUUCUCCUUCUCAGUCUCAGUAUCAAUAUCAAAUUGGUCACCCGCGUCAUUUCUAUCUUGCAGUAGACAGACUCCAAUUCAAAAUGCAAACGUUGGUUGAUCUUCUUGAUUUGGUUGGUCGGCGUUCUUGUUUGCCCAUUGUUGUCUGUUGCAGCACUCGUGAUGACCUUGACUCUCUCUGCUCUUCUCUUUCACCUCUCCCUUUCAUUUCAUCUUCUGCUUUGUACAGUGACCUUGCUGAAGAUGAACGAGCUUUUGUUUUAGAGAAAUUUUGUCAAGUGACAACGAGAUGGAAUCAGAUUAGUCAUGCUGGAGCAGGGAAUGAAGAUGAUAUUGGGAAAGAUGAUAGAUCUCAUGUGAUUAUUGUGACUGAUGCUUGCCUUCCUCUUCUUACCUCUGGGGAGUCUCCCAUGAAUGCUCAUCUUCUCAUUAACUACGAGUUACCGGCGAAAAAGGAAACAUACGGAAGGCGCUUGGCUUCUUGUUUAACAGCUGAUGGAAUUGUUAUCAAUAUGGUUGUUGGUGGGGAAGUGGUAACUCUAAAAAGUAUCGAAGAAAGUGCCGGCAUUGUCAUGCCAGAGAUGCCAAUGCAAGUAAGUCCAAAGAAGAUAAUAUAGUUUUAGUUAAAGAGUCCAAAGAAGAAAUAGAUGAAAAUUUAUAAAUAUGCAUACAAGUCCUAGAGACUUUCCUUUAAGUAGCUGUAAAACAAAGUAUAUCAAAUACAAGUUUAGCAGAAGACGCACUAUUCAUAGCUUAGAGGUGCAAAUCGAAAAACAUUACUUAUAGAUGUGGCAUAUUUUAAGU